GACGAAGGCGACGGCGGCACCUCCGGCGGCCAGGGGGAGGGGGACCCGGCUGGCCUCAUCCUCUCGGUCAUUGGCGAUAAGCACGAUUAUGACACAGACGAUUGGAUUAUCGCUGCUCAAGUCAUCUGCCCGCCUCCGCCUGGCACUCGAGAGCGAGGUGACAUAUGCGAGGUCGUGACUGCGGUGGCCCCCGGCAUCGCGCCGAUCAAGAUACACUUUGAUAACGCUCGUCAUGUGAACGGUAAACAACGGGCCUGGGUAGCGUGCUGCGGCAAACAUCACCCGGCUUGUUUCAAAUGGAGAACUGUUGAGCUGGAGCCAAACAGGCAAACGCUGUUGGCCAGGUUGGCCGCGUGGGCGUGGCGCGGACACGAGUCGCAGCAGCCCGCCCAGGUUAAGUUCCAGCAUACCAAGCACGUGGUGUCGCAGGCGGAGAUGGAU